UAUACAUUUUUAAUAACAAUAUUUAAUAAUAAUAAAGUAGUACUACAUUAUAAUGAAUAUCAUUACUGUUACUAAUGUCAUGAUUCUGCUACAGCCCUUGUUUCUUGUCCUCUACAGCAGUUCAGCUCUGCUGGAAUUGGCAGUGGGUGAGUGGGCACCUUUGCAGAUACAGCCAAUCUACCAUCAUACAGUAGAUAGUUUGAAUCCAGAGCUAUCCAAUUUUGUCAAAUGUCAUUUAUUUGGUCCUGCCAUUGACUGGAUAAAUGGUGCAUUAUCAGUAGAAAAACUGAAGCACAGCAGCAAUGAUCUAUUAUUGGAGAGUCAUUGUCCUUUUGGUUAUUAUGUACAUCCCGAUGAAGACAAUGUUGAUAAGAGAUUUUGUAGAAAUAAAUGUGACCCAGUGAGUUACUGUGGACCUAUUCCAGUUGAUGAAAAGUACACUCAAGGAUGUACUGUCUGUAUUGAUAACGCUACGUUUAUUAAUUGUUAUGACAAGAUAAGGACAUCGUCAUGGAAACCAAGGGACAGAACCAAUUAUGUACUACAUGUAGCAGCUUUGAAUAGCAGUGCAUGUAAUUUAAUGGGUGUGGUCUCCACGGGAGGGACAUGCAAGCAGCAUGCAACUAACGAUAGACCACUAAUUGGUUAUAUAAAUAUUUGUAUUGAACGAAUUGUCAAAAAGGAACAGACGAUAUACUAUAUAUUGCAAGAAAUAAUGAGAAUAUUGGGGUUCUCUUAUAGACUGAUUCCUUAUUUUAGAACUGAUUUAGGUUUUCCGCUAAUGCUCAGGGACUUGAAUGGACUCCCAUUGAGGGAUAAGGAUGGUAUGUACUUAUUGGAUCCAUUAAUUAUUAAUGUACAUAUGUACAAUAAUUGGACUGACCUAUUCCCUAAUCAUUUUACUAAAAUACUCAAGCUAAAAGCUGUUGUGAGAGAAGCUAAGAAACAGUUUAAUUGUUCAUUAAUUAAAGGCCUUCCACUUGAAGAUAAGUCAAAUGGCAGAUUGUUGUGGGAAUCAAGGCUAAUGAUGGGUGACAUUAUGACUAAUUAUUGGGACAACAGUGUUCCUGUUAUAUCUAGAAUCACAUUAGCCUUAUUCGAAGAUACAGGUUGGUACAAGCCUAACUAUAACUAUGCUGGCACAUUGCAUUGGGGCAAGGAUAAAGGAUGUGGCUUUUUGGAUAAAAGUUGCAAGGAAUUAUCCAAAGAAGACAGCGCUGAGUCUUUCUGCAAUAACUCUGUACUUCAAGGCUGCAACAGUAGAUUUAAUGGCAUGACAAUAUGCACUGGAGGAGUAUAUUACAAAUACGUCUUACCUGAACAGUAUCAAUAUUUUUAUGAUGAACAUGCUGGAGGACACUCACCACUGAUUGAUUACUGCCCAUACUAUAGCAAUGAUAAUCCUUCUACUUCUCCUUUUUUUGAUGAUGAAGUCGUGUCUUCAAAUUGUGAUGGCAAGAGAUGUAUUGUUCACAAUAACUCAUGGAAUGUUACUGUAAGAUACCAUAACACGAUAAUUCCAUUUGGUGCUAGCUGCUACAAGGUCAGCUGUUCUAAAAAUAAUUUGAAAAUCUUAAUUGAUGAUAAGUGGUACGCUUGUAAAGAAAACGAUACAUUGAUAUCUAUUAAUAUAACCAAAGGUGUGGUAACAUACGUAGGUGAAUUAAAAUGUCCACCAUACGAAAGAUUUUGCCAUGCUCGUGAUUGUGUUAAUGAUUGCUCCAAUAAAGGUGUGUGUGUUAAUGGACAUUGCUAUUGUCAUCCUGGCUACUAUGGAGUUGAUUGCAAUUUAGAAUACAGUAAGAGAUACUUUGGACAUUGCCAGCACAUAUGCAAUGUUGGAGUGUUAACAUACAGGAGACACGAGUGUGGUUGCUGGUGUGACUGUGCUGCUGCACUACUAUGGGGUUACUCUGGAUACACAUGCAUUGAGAAAGUCCCUCCUAAUAAAUGUACUCCUGGUAGAUGCAGACAAGGUGUAUGUGCACGUACCAAUGGUGGGAAGAGCUUCAAGUGUCUAUGCAAUGAGGGAUAUGGAGGGAACAGAUGCACAACCAAGUUAUAACUAAAUAUAUAUAAUCAUUCAUUUUCUUAUAAAACAUUAUUAUUAUGACAAUCUAUCAACAGUUAUUCAAUUCAUUCUGUAAUCUCUUUGAGUUUCUCUGUCAGUUUCCUUUUGAUUUCAA